UUCUGCUACAGCGCCGCGUCGAAGUCCACUCCACUUUCUGGGAGCUUGGUGCCCGGUAAACGAAACUGUGGAGGAAUCGGGGGGGAAUUUAAUGUUGGUGGACCUCUUCAGUCCUCCCCCACCUCUUCUAAGACGCCGACAGAGUCUAUCGCCCAGACGGCAAUUGCCCGCGGUCGGUGCCCAGCCAGCGAAGCGGGAGCCAUGCCUGUCCCCGCUGGAUACCUCAGCGACUCCCCUGCCGCGGCCUUCGCAUCCUCGGCCUCGCUUAUCCCGCCGCCUCCGAUAAACACCCAGCAGCCCGGCGUUGUCACCUCGCUGUUGUACAGCGGCUCCAGGUUCAGGGGCCACCAGAAGAGCAAAGGGAACUCGUACGACGUGGAGGUUGUUUUGCAGCAUGUCACCAUGGAGGAUUCCUACUUGUGCGGCUACCUGAAGAUAAAAGGACUGACUGAGGAAUACCCAACUCUGACCACCUUCUUCGCCGGAGAGAUCAUCAGCAGGAAGCGGCCAUUUCUCACCCGGAAAUGGGAUGCAGAUGAGGAUGUGGACCGUAAGCACUGGGGCAAGUUUCAGGCCUUCUACCAGUAUGCAAAGACGUUCAACUCGGAUGAUUUUGACUAUGAGGAUCUGAAGAACUCUGACUAUAUCUUCAUGAGGUGGAAGGAGCAGUUUCUGGUCCCUGACCACACAAUCAAAGACAUCAGCGGCGCUUCCUUUGCUGGAUUCUACUACAUCUGCUUCCAGAAAUCCACAGCAACGAUCGAGGGCUACUACUACCACAGGAGCUCAGAAUGGUACCAGUCUCUAAACCUCACCCACGUUCCUGAGCACAGUGCAGCCAUCUAUGAGUUCCGGUGACAGCGGCCGGCAUCGUGGAUCUUUUUUUUGAUGGACAGAGACUUAAAGCAAAGCAGAGGUCUGCGGAUGCUACUGAGGAGGAAAAGGAGAACGAUUAGGGAUGAGAAUUUGGGCUUUGGAAAAGUGCAAACUCUUACAUGUUCCCAAUAAGUGGACGGACAUCUGAUUGACCAGUGGACGGGGAUGUAAGACAAAUGAAUGUAUGUAUGGAUGAGAUGAGAAGGAAGAAAGGAAAAGAGUGCAGCUCAGCUCCCCUGGCCGGAGCUUGUAAAGUUAGAACCAGCAGCAAAGACUGGGUGUGGCUCAUAUAGUGUACCCCUUUCUUCAUUUGUUUUUACGUCUGUUUUUUAAAAAACGCUUGGCGCUGCAUCUCAAGACACUUUAUAAGCUGAGUUGGGAAUUCCCCCUCUUGUUUUUGCAACUAGAAAACGUUUCCAGCUUUCAUCCUGCCGAUGUGAGUGAGCAGUAGAAACACAAUUGACUGCGAGCUGGACAAGGAUUCCUCUGAGGCGUCUGCUCUUAUAAACACAAUCUCUCAAGAAGUAAAUCACCAAGUCCGCGCUGAAAAGCAAAGAGAGAGAAGUUUGGGUUUAUGAUUGUUUGGAGCUUUAAUCAGCCCAUAAGCUAGAAUGACAGUAUUUUUUUAAAGCUAAGCUGAUUCUUUGUUUGCCCGCCAAGAGGAUAUUUUGUUAUUUUACUCUAAAUGAUGGAUGCAGAGUGGCACUUUUUAAAGGCUGCAAUGUGAUUAACACAAAACGAGCUUUCCCCCUGUGUUCAUACGAUUGCUUGGGAGAUUAUUAUCACAUGGGAUUGCUGUGGAUCUUGUUCUAUUGAGUUACAUUUGCACAAAGAUAGACUUUAUGUUACUAAUGCUUGCAGUCAGCAUUUUUUACACUCACGUGCCCUAGUACAUAAGCAUCAAGGUGGCAGGUCAAGCUUUUUGACUAGUUUUUAAGGGUUUUGACUGUGUGUGUGGGGGGGGAGGGGGUUAGAGCAAAACAAUCACAUACAAGUAUUAAAAAAGAGAGUAUUUUUACCCUGCACUCUGCAUUAAACAAAGAGUUUUUUACUCCCUUGUGUCAUUUUAAAGAUCCCCACUACCCCUACAUUUAUGUCUCCACGACUAUGCAACACUUUCAACAUAGCACUCUCCAAACAUAAAACCUUCAGUUUUCAGAGACAGAAUUUUAUUCUAUCCUUAUAGUAUAUGAAAAAAAAAGAAAGAAUCUAUCUUCAUUAAAGGAAAUAUUUUUGUUAAAUUGCCUAUGAAAACACUCCCUAAUCAUGUUCCUUCAUGUGAUGGUGCCAUGUUUCUAAAGCUUAUCAGAGUUGUAUUAUAACAGAUCAGAAGUGUGUUUGUUUGAGAAGAAUCCUGGAUUUCAUUGAUGGUGUGACUGUAAAGAAUGGAUUUUGGAUUUUAAAAAAUCAUAUCAAAACA